AUGCCAAAGAAUACUCUGAGAAGUAACGAUAAGUUUCAAAGCAUAAAAAAGAUGUUAGCUGCACGUACAGGAUCUAGGGCUAUUUUGAGGAUACGUCCACAGGCUGUGAUAAGACAAUACUCUGAUGGUUUCAUGGCCACUGGCAAUGGAAUAUUUGACCAAAGAGAAAAGGCCAAAGAGGACUAUUUCAUCAGACAGCAUGAAAGAGAGCAAUUACAAAAGUUAAAAGAACAACUCGAACACCACAAAUCCAAGGUCAAGGAUAUACAGGAAAAGAUCGACAAGUUGUCCAAGAAAUGA